CUUUGAUCAAAACUCUUAGACCAGAAACAGCAUAAUGGAGUUGAGCCCUUUCGGAAUGAAGCUUUGCCACUUAAUCACACUGCUCAGUAUCCCAGCCUGCUUUGGGAUUCCUGCAGAUCCAGUGUUUCUCAGCAGGACUGAAGCCAGUCAGUUGCUUCUGCAUCGCUAUCGGCGCGCCAACUCCUUCCUGGAGGAGCUGAAAGUAGCAAACUUGGAGAGGGAGUGUCUGGAGGAGAUAUGUUCCUAUGAGGAGGCCAGGGAGAUCUUCUCUGUCCCUGAACAACUGAAUGAGUUCUGGAAGUCAUACACAGAGCCAGACCACUGUAAGUCAAAGCCGUGUACAAAUGGGUCCACCUGUGUCAGUCAUGUCAAUAGUUACAUCUGCAUAUGUCCAUCCAGGUUUGAGGGACGGAACUGCGACAAAGAAACAGUUCCACAGAAUGUUCAUGGCUGUCUGUACAAAAAUGGAGGCUGCGAGCAUUUCUGUACCGAGACUGGAGACUCAGUUCACCAAUGUCACUGUGCUCCAGGCUACAGCCUAGGUGUAGACAACAGCAGCUGUGUGCCACAAGAACCCUUUUCUUGUGGUAGACCAGUGGCGAAAAGCGUGGGCCCUAGGGUUGUUAGAGGGCAUGUGUGCACUAAAGGAGAGUGUCCCUGGCAGGCAUUACUUGAGAUUGCUGGUUUGUAUAAAUGUGGUGGAAUUGUUCUAAACGAUCAGUGGAUCCUCACAGCUGCUCACUGCAUCUGGCAACAAGAUCCAGCCCAACUACAAGUGAUAGUGGGUGAGCAUAUCCGUUUAAAGAAGGAAGGCACAGAGCAGAUUAGAAAGGUGUCUAAAGUAUUGAUCCAUCCUCUCUACAACCACACAACCACUGACAGUGACAUAGCACUACUGCACCUAUACAGGAACAUAACAUUAGGCUCCUACGUUGUGCCCAUUUGCCUUCCCCCAGCAAAAGGCACAUUUGAUCGCACACUGGGGGCAGUGCGUAUGUCCACUGUGAGUGGGUGGGGCCGACUCGCCCAGUUUGGACCUCCAUCCACUGUGCUCCAAAGGCUGGAAGUGCCAAGGGUUCCCCUAGAGAACUGUCGAGCCCACUCAGGUCUCCGGAUUACCAACAACAUGCUGUGUGCAGGUUUCAAGGAAGGAGGUCAAGAUGCGUGCCAAGGAGACAGCGGUGGACCACUGGUCACCCUGUAUAAAAAAACCUGGUUCCUGACAGGCGUAGUGAGCUGGGGAAAAGGUUGUGCUCGCUCAAAUACGUAUGGGAUCUACACUCGUGUGUCCAUCUUUGUGGAAUGGAUUACAAACACUAUGGCUGAAGAAUGAAGGAAGAAUUUUUUGGGAAGAAUUGUUGCUGAGGAAAAUCUUGAACAAUCUAAAAGCAACAAAAUAUACAUCUUAAGUAUCAAUAUUGCAAAGAUUAGUACCGAUUGUAUUAAUACCAAGUUGGGUGUCAAACCAAUUACGCAACAAUGUGUCUUUGUACUACUCCAUUUGUGAGGGUCUGUCAUUAAUAAAAUGAAAGCAUUAAUGUGGUAAUUAAGAGCCA